AGCAAAACGAAAGCAAAUCCGCGAUUGAAAGUGAAAAGUGAUAAUUUAAAUAUCCGCCUUGGUGCAGUUGUGAAGGAAGAAUUUUGUUGAAAUAGUGAACCCGCAUCUGUGAUAAGCGCAAGGAAGAACAAUAAUCGUCUCCGCAAAAUGCGACAUCUCUCUCCGCAUUGUGCGAUAGCGAUCGCGAUUGCCGUUUUGACGGCUACGGUGUACGCUGCACAGGAAAAGAAAGAACAAGACUACGGUACCGUUAUCGGCAUUGACCUCGGUACAACGUACUCUUGCGUGGGCGUCUACAAGAACGGACGCGUGGAGAUUAUUGCCAACGAUCAGGGCAACCGCAUCACGCCAUCCUAUGUGGCGUUUACCUCCGAUGGUGAGCGGUUGAUCGGCGAUGCGGCCAAGAAUCAGCUCACGACCAAUCCGGAGAACACGAUCUUCGAUGCGAAGCGUUUGAUCGGUCGUGACUUCAGUGAUCCCACAGUGCAGCAGGAUUUGAAACUGUUUCCGUUCAAGGUGGUGGAGAAGAACUCCAAGCCGAACGUUAAGGUCACUACGAACCAAGGUGAAAAGACCUUCACGCCAGAGGAGAUAUCUGCCAUGGUUCUUGGAAAGAUGAAGGAAACUGCCGAAGAAUAUCUCGGCAAAAAAGUGACCCAUGCGGUAGUUACCGUUCCGGCAUACUUCAACGAUGCUCAACGUCAGGCUACCAAAGAUGCAGGAACCAUAGCUGGCUUGAAUGUGAUGCGUAUCAUCAAUGAACCUACGGCUGCAGCUAUCGCUUACGGUUUGGACAAGAAGGAAGGCGAAAAGAACAUCCUGGUGUUUGACCUCGGCGGAGGCACCUUUGAUGUUUCCUUGCUGACCAUUGAUAAUGGAGUCUUUGAGGUUGUUGCCACUAACGGAGACACCCAUUUGGGAGGUGAAGACUUCGACCAACGUGUGAUGGAUCAUUUCAUCAGGGUCUACAUGAAGAAGAACGGAAAGGAUAUUCGACAAGACGUUCGCGCUGUUCAGAAGUUGCGCAGAGAGGUAGAGAAGGCUAAACGUGCCUUGUCAUCCAGCCACCAGGUUCGCAUAGAGAUUGAGUCGUUCUUCCAAGGCGAAGAUUUCAGCGAAACCUUAACUCGGGCCAAGUUCGAAGAGUUGAACAUGGACUUGUUUAGAGCCACCAUGAAACCGGUUCAGAAAGUUCUUGAGGAUGCCGAUAUGAAUAAGAAAGAUGUGGAUGAGAUUGUUUUAGUGGGAGGAUCCACUCGCAUCCCUAAAGUUCAACAGCUGGUCAAGGAAUUCUUCAACGGCAAGGAGCCGUCCCGUGGCAUCAAUCCUGACGAGGCUGUUGCAUACGGAGCUGCCGUUCAAGCUGGCGUGCUUUCAGGCGCUACUGAGACCGAAGGACUUCUGCUGUUAGAUGUAAAUCCGCUGACCCUAGGAAUUGAAACCGUUGGUGGAGUAAUGACCAAGUUGAUUCCACGCAACAGUGUAAUCCCGACGAAGAAAUCGCAGAUCUUCUCAACUGCUUCAGAUAAUCAGCAUACCGUCACCAUUCAGGUCUUUGAAGGUGAGCGCCCAAUGACCAAGGAUAAUCACUUGCUCGGAAAAUUCGACCUCUCUGGAAUUCCCCCGGCGCCACGUGGAAUGCCACAGAUCGAAGUUUCGUUUGAAAUUGACGCAAACGGUAUUCUGCAGGUUUCGGCGGAAGAUAAGGGAACUGGUAAUCGCGAAAAGAUUGUCAUUACCAACGAUCAGAACCGAUUGACUCCGGAUGAUAUUGAGCGCAUGAUUCACGACGCAGAAAGAUUCGCAGAAGACGACAAGAAACUCAAAGAACGGGUUGACGCGCUUCAUGAACUAGAAAGCUAUGCCUAUAAUCUGAAAAACCAAAUCAACGAUAAGGAAAAAUUGGGUUCAAAGCUUUCCGAUGAUGAGAAGAACACUAUUGAAGAGGCAGUCGAUGAGAAGAUCAAAUGGCUAGAUUCGAACCAGAACGCUGAUACGGAGGAACUCAAAAACCAGCGCAAGGAACUCGAAGAAAUCGUUCAGCCGAUCAUCGCUAAUUUGUACGCCAGCGGUGAGAGCUCACCUCAGCCGGAAACUGACGGCGACGACGACGAUCCUUUCAAUGAUGAGCUGUAAUCGAAGCAUUUCAAAGUCACUCUAGUUUACGAAUGGAAUAUUGUUGCUGUUUGCGAAGAAUAAUAGUAUAAGAAAAAUGGAACAAUGAAGAUUAUUUUCAGUCGUCAAAAUGAAGCUGCUAGUACCGUUGGCCCUGGUGGCCGCCGUGGCCGUACUAACCUGUACCGCCGAGGAAAAGAAGGAG